AUGAGCUCGCAACAGCAUGUCGAAUACGUUCUGUUGGCAGAGUUCGAUAUCGACAAGGGUGCAUCAUUGAAAUACCAAUACCCAGCAGAUACUGGAACCGAUGAACAUGUCUUGUCCGAGCUCAUGUUGCCUGAUGGUGCUCAUUUACGUGCUGAAGACUGGACUAUCUUUUGCCUCAACCAAACGAUACCUGAUAUGGACGAAGAACACGAGACCACCAGCAACGAGCGAGAGAAGCCCUUAUUGUAUGUGCUCAACCUUGUAAGAACCAAGCACGACGCGACAGCACGAAGAGGUGCCCAUGUCAAGGCGAUGGCUAUUUGUACCAAGCAUCAGUUUUUGCAUAUCUAUAAGCCGGUGCUUCUACUUGCUAUGGAAAAGUACUUUGAGAAUCCAUCACGUGAAGUGCUCGAAUCAUUGUACAAAGCUGUCAAUACCAUGGAUCUUUCAAGAAUGCCCAACUUUACCUGGCAUGAGCGACAAAUCUUGCGGACGUCUGACAACAAAGCCAUGUUUGAUGAAAUGUUCACGGAUGAUAAUGUCACGUCACCAACAUCGAUGCAUUCGGAUCAACAAUCGAGGUGGGGUGAUAUCGACGUGGAGGAUGAAGCAAGCAAAAUCAGGAGAGGAACGUUCAUUGAUCUGGCUUCGGGGAGAGAGGUGCUUCCACCAACAUUGGGAAAAGAUCGUCGAUUCUUUGAGACCAAGAUUGAGUAUGAAGGCAUCAAGUUACCUAUUCGUGUACCCUUAACGGUGAAUGACGAGGAAGUGGGUGACUUUUCGCUUAUCAAUCUCAUUCGUACAUUUUCACCACCACCAUCACAACCUGGUUCACCCAAUCCACAUCAUCCGCAUCUCGAUAGCCCAGGACCCUACACCCAUCCUAUCAUGCUUUUGCUCAAUGCGCUCUUGACUCAGAAAAGGAUCGUCUUUCUUGGUUAUGGUCAUCCAUCAGGCGAAGUGGCCAACUAUGUCCUAGCUGCUUGUGCUCUCGGCAGUGGAUGUGGUACCGUUCUCAGAGGUUUCACCGAACGUGCAUUCCCAUAUACCAAUCUGACAAGCAUUGAUGAUCUGCUGAAAUGCCCUGGAUUUAUUGCAGGUGUUACCAAUCCAACCUAUGAAGAACAUACAGCUUGGUGGGACGUCUUGUGUAACAUCAGCACUGGAAAGAUCACUGUCAGCAAAGACAUAGAAUCAACAUGCGUUGAGCCACGAAGUUCGAUGAGUGAUAUGGAUGCUGGUUUUUCGUCUUUGGCUAUUGGGCGCUCUUCAACCGUUAGUACUCUCUCAUCAUCAUUAAGCAAAACGGAUGACAAAAGUCGGGAUCGGGAUAUUGACACAGAGUUUAUCAAUGAUGUCAUGUCAGCUGUGCAGAGCCAUUAUGGCGAAUCACAUGUGCGUGCCAAGUUUCAGGAAUACGUUGCUCGAUUUGUGCGUCUUUCGGCAGCCUAUGAAGAGGAAGUGUAUCAUCAUUCUAAAUUAUCAUGGCCCUAUGAUCCACAAAACGAUCCAACUGGUUUACUCGGCCAUGGUCACGUGUUCCCUGAUGAAGCCACAAAGCAACGCGAGCUUACCUUGAAUGCCAACCGCAUCGAAGCAUGGCGUAAAACGAUCUCAUACAGGAAUUUGCAAAAGGGAUUCCAAUUAUGGAUCAACAAUUCAACUUUGAAGACCCUGGAUGUGACACGACAAGUUCAGAAGCUCAAGUUGUUGAAAACCAUACCCGACAAUGAAAUGAUUGCCAUCCUUGACGCAUUCCUCAAGUAUAUCGUAAACGACCGAAAUAUUAUCGAGUUUCUUUCAUUUUUACCGCAAUACCAAGGUGGAUUAGCACCCAUCGCCAUGUGCUUACAUCACUCCUCGAGUACAGUACGGCGGUACACUGUUGAGUUGUUAAACCGGCUUUCUCGGAAUCCUACGGGCUUGCGAUUCAUUCAAAGCUUAUCACGCUUCCAAAAGUUGACAUACGAGCGGCUUGCACGAGAACACGCUGCUGCUUAA